CCUGUUGGUUAAAGAGAGUGGGUUGAUCUCAGAUCCUUCCUGCUCUUUUAUUCCUUCGCUCUCUGUCAUCCUCUCUCUCUUUCUUCUCCUCCUCUGGACGAACUCACAGCAUCCAUCAUCUCUAGCCUGCACUCUAUGAGACUCUAUACAAUCCUUCAUCUGCACGAGGGCUUUUCAAGAAGAAUCCAAUAAUAAUGAGAUCAGCGAUGUUCCUGCAUGUACUGCUGUGUGCCAUCUGCCUCUUUGUCUUGUCAUCUUCUGCCAUCCUCAGUCCUGCAGCAGAUGAGACUACAUUCUUACAAGUGACCAUUCCUGAUAGCCCCCAAGUGUCUGCCAUUUUGGGGGGCUCCUUGACUCUGCCCUGCCUGGUGAGUCUCUCCCGGACCCCAUCUUUUGGUCGACAUGCUGUACUGACCCAGCCACGAGUCAAAUGGAGCUUUCUUUCAUCAAACAAAGAGACAGAGAUCUUAGUGGCCCGUGGUGAGAGGGUAAAGGUGAGUGAGUUGUAUAAAGGCAGGGCAUCGCUGCUGAAUUAUGCUGCCUCUUCAGCUGAUCUCACCCUCAGACUGGAUGAACUGAUGCACAACGAUACAGGCUUCUACCGCUGUGAAGUCCAGAACGGCUUGGAGGAUGCUCAUGACCAGGCCCAAGUUAAAGUAAAAGGUGUCGUCUUCCAUUAUCGCAACACCUCAAGUCGCUAUGCCUUCACUUUUGAUGAGGCCAAAGAUGCUUGUGAAUAUAUUGGAGCUCACAUUGCUUCUCCAGAACAGCUGCUGGCUGCGUACCGCAGUGGUUAUGAGCAGUGUGACGCUGGCUGGCUUUCUGAUCGCUCCGUUAGAUACCCAAUCCAGAUGCCACGUGAAGGGUGUUUUGGAGACAUGGAUGGACUACCAGGCGUUCGAAACUAUGGCAUGGUGGAUAAUGAUGAACUAUAUGAUGUGUACUGCUAUGUGGAGAACAUUCAUGGAGAGGUUUUUCAUGGGUCAUCCCAACAGCACUUCAACUUGUCGGAAGCGAAGACAUACUGUGAGCAGCAGGGAGCUCAGCUAGCCACCACUGGCCAACUGUAUGCCGCCUGGAAUGAUGGUCUGAACCACUGCAGUCCUGGCUGGCUUGCUGAUGGAAGCGUUCGGUACCCCAUUGUGACCCCUCGUGAACGCUGUGGGGGUUCUGAACCUGGUGUCAAGACAGUUUAUCGCUUUAGCAAUCAAACGGGAUUCCCCGAACCACAAACUCAGCAUGACGCUUACUGCUUCAGAGCUAACAGCAACUCUCAGACAGUCUCACCUAUAGAUCAUAUGGCGACAGAGCCAGAGGGCACCGAGCAACAUAUUGUGACUUUAGCAGAUCCUCAAGAGGAGUAUAGUGUGGAUCAGAUCACUCAACAGUCAGAAAAUGAAGUACAGGGGGCUGUUGAGUCCUUCUCCAUUUACAGCACACAGACUACUUCAGAACCAGAGGAACACAACAACAGCAUAAGACAGGGGGCUGUUGAGUCUUUCUCCAUUUACAGCACACAGAUUACUUCAGAACCAGAGGAACACAACCGCAGCAUAAGACAGGGGGCUGUUGAGUCUUUCUCCAUUUACAGCACACAGACUACUUCAGAACCAGAGGAACACAACAACAGCAUAAGACAGGGGGCUGUUGAGUCUUUCUCCAUUUACAGCACACAGACUACUUCAGAACCAGAGGAACACAACCACACCACAAGCCCUCAGUUAGAUGAAGAUAGCACCUAUAGAGACUCCACCACCCCAACCAGCACAGAGAGAUAUCUUGAGUCCACUGAGGUCACCUGGCAAAAAAUUGAGUCUGUUCCAGAGAUUUACAUCGAUCCAAAACACAUCGAUUUCACACAAAAAGGAGAACCAGAUAUAAAAGCUUCAGCAGUUGAUGGUGUUAAAAGCAGCAAUCAUAGACACUACCAACCAAUGCCAGAUACCAACCUACAGUUGGGAGAGCCCAUUGAUUUUAUCCUACCUACAGAGGCUCAGCCUGAGACUACAGAGGGACCGUCCUCUCAACCGAAGGAGAUAAAUGGGUCCAAACACUUCCAACCCAUGCCUGAAACCAACCUAGAGGAUGAGGAUAAAUAUCAUGUGACUAGUGAGAUAUCCAUGACCACUGAAGAUACUACACUGGAAUAUGACUUAAGCAAAGUCACCACAACUCGGCGUUCUUCAGUUAAGUCAAGUCCCUCAACAUACCUACCUGAAGGUGCUACAGUAGAAGAAAAUGCAGGAAAUAUUACAGAAACUCCAGAGCCAGAUGAAGACUGGGGUCUUUUUACACACACAACUCAGUCCACAUCAACAAGCGCAUCCAGCACUGAAGGUUGGUUGGAGGCUUCAGGUGAGGAUUUGACCUUGUUAUUCACAGAAAAGGCAGAACAUCUGGUCACCUCGCAUAAAUCAGAGACAUAUGGAGCUUCAGCACCUGAGACUAUGACAGAGAGCUUCUCAUUAACACAUCUGAACAGUAUUAGCCCAACUUUUACACCCAGACAUGAAGACACUUCUGCAGACCAUCACGAUGCUGACGAGAUCUCAACUGAGACUCUUCUUGUAUCUCUUGGUGCAGUUGAUAAUGCCAGUGAUUAUUCGACCGUGAGCACGUCACCGAAGGAACCCACAUCUUCUGAAAGUUCUGGCGAUCAUGAUGACAUCCUGCCAGUCACACUUUUGACCACCCCAAUGCCUCACCUGUUGGGAACAUCAACCACACAUGGGCCUGUACAGGUAGAAUUCAAUUCUCCACAUGAAAUGGAAGGUGUCCCCUCUGAAAGCACAACUCCAUCUGGCCUUGGGAUAGUAGAAGAAGAAUUUGAGAAAGUGGAGCAGGAUUGGCUUGGAGAGGAACCUAAUCAACGAAUCACCACAUCCACUGAGCUUUAUAAGUCUACUGUAAAUUUUAGCAUUGAUGGCAGUGAUGAGGAUGAGUCUUCCGGAGAAAGAGAACCUUCAGGAAACAGGUCUUCAGUUAUUAAUUAUCCAUACUCAGAUGUGGCCAUCAUCACUCCCUCUAAUCUGACAGAUAUGCAAGACCUUAAUGAAACAAAUAGUGAUGAUGAUGAUGUUGAAGAUGAUAAUCAGGCCAGCACUGUGGGAUCCAUGAAAAGUCUGGAGGUUACAUUUCUUCCUCAUGGGACCCAAAGUCCCAUCUGGCAAACUGUGGCAUCUUCCACAAACCCAGGAGAGUUCAGAGCAGAUGUUGAAUUCAGUGGGGACGCAGCACUUACCACAGAUGACAUCAAGGCCUUAGAUGAAUCUGACUCCACCAACGCACCCAUCAAUGAGAAGACAACACAAACCCAAAAACCAUCCACUACGUCAGCCAAUGAAGACGAUGAUGAUGAUGACGAUAAUGAUUAUGAACUCAUGACUAAAGCAAAUUCAGACAAUACAGAAGAAGAGAAUGAUGUCAAAACCACACCUGAGUCUUCCACUCUACCUGCCAGACCCACACAGAGAGUGCUGGUCAGGACAGGCUACAUUUCGGAUGCAUGUCUGGAGAACCCUUGUAAAAAUGGAGGCACCUGUGUGGACAGUGGAGCAGGUCACAGGUGUCUCUGUCUGCCAACUUAUGCAGGAGACUUUUGCGAGACAGAUCUAGAGCACUGUGAACCAGGCUGGGAAAAGUUCCAAGGGUUUUGUUACAAACAUUUUACGAAACGGCAGAAAUGGGAGGUGGCAGAGCAGCACUGUCGCAUGUGCGGAGGUCACCUGGUCUCUGUUAUGUCACCUGAGGAACAGGAGUUUAUCAAUGUUAAAUACAGGGAGUAUCAGUGGACGGGUCUCAAUGACAAGACCAUUGAGGGAGAUUUCCACUGGUCAGAUGGGAACCCUCUGUUGUACGAGAACUGGUAUCGUGGACAACCAGACAGCUACUUCCUGUCAGGAGAAGAUUGUGUUGUCAUGGUGUGGUAUGAUGAUGGGCGUUGGAGUGAUAUCCCUUGUAACUACCAGCUGUCCUACACAUGCAAGAAGGGCAUUGCCUUCUGUGGCCAGCCCCCUCUUGUACUGCACACUAAAAUGUUUGGACGUCGUCAACUAAAGUAUAGGGCCAAUUCACAGGUGCGCUACUACUGUGAGCCAGGCUUCAUCCAGAGACAAAACCCUAUUAUCACAUGUCAGAGCAAUGGACAGUGGGAGGAGCCUAGGAUCACUUGCUCACCAGUGGGAUCAGCAUAUUCAAAUGGAGAACCGGUAACAUGGCCCACAGGUCAGAACAAGGAAAUAAUCAUAGAGGAGACAACAACAAAAACAACAACACCUGAAUAUGUGGAUAUAAAAUGGAACUUUUAAAACAAGCACACGACAUUCUUUCACUCUCCUGUUUAUCAUGUCAUGCCUUAGUUUAUCCUCCUUAAAAAUGUCCAUCGAUCAGCUCUACAAAGUUCUUUAUAUAACAGAAAUGUUAUAUUUAAAAAAAAAAUGGUCCCACUUAACUUUUUUUAAAUGGGACGUCCAAUUGGAUAACAGUUUAAAUACACCAAACAUUUGUAACAGGAUACUUAAAUUAGACUAAAAGGUCAUUAAUGUUUGUUUUCUUCACUCAGCUCUUUUAUUUUACCCUUUUCUCAUUGUAGACCUUGACACUGAAUUACAUUUUGUAAUUCUAAGAUACCAUAAAAGCACACUUGAUAAAAUGCAACUUCCAAACAAAGCUUGUAACCGCUUGGACCAGACACCUGUUCUUUCUUUCUUUUUUUUCUUUCUUUUUUUUUUUAUAAAUUAUGAGAUAAACCUAUGAACAAAUGUACUAACAUCAGCUUGUCUGAAUCAUUUUGUUUUACAUUGUUGUUCUGUAGUGACUAAUUAUGUCCUCAUCAGCAGUAUUAAUUCUUAAACAUUCAGUGUGCUGUGUUUUUCCUCAUUUAGAAUUGCCAACCAAGACUCAACUUGAGAGCUUUUAGGCUAACAAUGACACAAUUUUGGCAUAAGCUAACAGAAAUUCCUUAAUAAAAAAAACAAAACAAAAAACAGGAAUAUUCGUAUGCUUGUUGUUGGCUUUAAAGUACUCUGAAAGAAAAAUUAAAAAAAAACUCUGUAACCUUUGUAAACUUAAUCAAGUCAGUUGAGGCAUAUCAACCCAUCCUUUGUGUUGAUGUUGGGUCAGCAAAGCUUUAUGAAGCAGGGAAAAUUUCUUAUGAACUCCACAAAUUCUGCGACUCGGUGCUCAGUUUUUCAGGUAUGUAUUGUACUCUGGAGGAUGGCCAUUUUCAGAAGACUACUAUCAUGUUUCAUUUGAUUCAGUGAUGCAUCACUAACAAAACCAUAUUUUAGUUUUUGAUGGCCUGAAACCAGGGCAUAUUUUAUCACUCUAGAAACAUGAAUUACAUUCCAAGCAAUCAGAGCAAUCACAAUAAAAUAGUUAUCACAAUAAGAAA